AUGUCGAAAGCGUAUGCGGUCCCUGGACCGACGCUUCGUCAUGAAACGAAUGCGACCGUGACUACUGGCUCGAGUGCCGUGAGCUUUGUGCCUACAGACCAGGUGCAGACCGCGGUGAGCAACUAUGGCGACUACAUUGUGAUUGAUACUCUGGUCCCUCCCAGCCGCUACCUGCCUCCCACGCUGUCCGUGGCCAAGCUUGCGGGCCAGAUCCAGACGGACCUGGUGAGUGAGCUGAACCGCCUCGGGCUCGGCAUGGGCUCGCGCGUCGCGUCCAUCGCGCAUCCCCGCAGCAAGGAAGUCGAGGCAGAGCAGUUUGUGCGCACCCCGUCCGGCGACCUGAUCGACCCCGCGCUGAGCUCGACGGGCCACCCCGGCGACUCGCGCCGCGCGCGCCUCGGCGUGCGCUCGCUGCGCGGCGAGCCGCUCCUGACCUACUUCCCGCCGCCCGCCGCGGCCGAGCCGACGUCGGUCGGCGGCCAAGUGACGACGUGCCCGUGCGUGUGCUGCCGGUCGCACUGCGUCGGCGCGGAUCCCCAGACGAAGCGUCUGCCGAUCCUCACGCGCUCACUCGCGGCCGACGAGGCGGGCAACGCGCUGGUCUCCGCGCCGAGCGCCAAGGAGCUCGCGCCGAGCACGUCGGAGCACACUGCGCUCGGCGCGCCCUUCUCCGAGGCCUCGGCGCCGCGCUCGAUCGUGCGCCUGGUCGACGGCAAGCGCGAGGUGCGCAGCGUCGCGCCGCACAAGUCGCUUGGCGACCUGCGUACGACGGCCGCGAUGCAGCAGCCUGUGCCGGCACUGCACGCGUCGCGCCGCCACCUCACGCCCCCCUCGCGCAAGGUCGAGACGUGGGACGAGGAGCCGCGGCCGGCGGCGCGCAUUACCGUGCGCCCGUCGGGUGCCCUGGGCACGGCGCAGAUCCCCGUGAGCCCCGCGCCGCCGACGCGUGCCGAAAAGGGCAUGAGCGUCUUUGCGCCGCUGCAGCUGUCGCAGGACCUCGAGUCGCAGCUUGUGCUUGACGAGAGCUACACGCAGAACCAUAUUUCGCCGCCGCGGGGCGUGCACACGACGCCGCCGCUGUCGAGCCCGUCGUCAUACGCCUCGUCGCGGUACUACCGCGAGACGGACUCGUCGCCCGGCAGUGCGUACUCGGUGGACCCCAGCUCGACGCCGAUUGCGGCGCGGUACAGCCGCUCGACGUCGAACCUCCGCCAAAAGGCGGCCAAGGACCGCGAGCUUCCUCCCCUGCCCCCGAUGCCGACGACGAUCCCCGCGCCGAUCCAGCCGAUCCAGCCGACGUGGGCGCAGCGGUCACAGCCUGCGCAGACGCCCGUCAAGGCGCCGGCGCACUCGACGCCGCCCGUGCAGUACGAGGCGACGAUGGGCAACUUUGGAUACGAGCCCUCGGGCACGUCGCAGGGCACGCGUGUGCGUGUCAUUGCCGGCAACUCGCCCCUGAACCGGAAUGUGGUGCGCGAACGUGCAUAG